GGGUCAGUCUGUCUACCACCACACAAUCACCUAUAGCUGUGGUGUAAGUUUAGCAUCAGUCAGUCUACACACACAAUCACCUAUAGCUGUGGUGUAAGUUUAGCAUCAGUCAGUCUACCACCACAGUCACCUAUUGUAUUUACUCAUCUUGAUUUCAUUUUUUACAGUCUAGGAACAACCUCACAUUACCCAACUGGACACACGAUGUCUUACCCCGUAUGAAGGCCUUGUCAGACUUCGGUUUCGAAUCGUUGCCAAAUCAAAAUUAAAACGUUUGAGAGCAGGUCCAAUUAUUAAGGAGAUGAGAGAUCACAUGAACCAGAAGGCAGCAGGGACUUAACCAAACAGAAGAUGUAUAUGUACUCUGCCCACGACACCACACUCUCCAUACUGCUGCUGGGGCUGGGGGUCUUCAACAACUUAGCUCCCCCUUAUGCUACCACAGUCCUCGUCGAGUUACACAAGAUGGAUGAACAAUAUUACGUAAAGAUGUUCUUGAGGAAUGACACCAAUAUGAUUGAGCCGCCACACGAGCUGAUAUUACCGGGCUGUUCCACCGUGUGCCCCCUCGACAGAUGGAACACUCUGGUCAACGCCAUCAUACCGCACGACUGGAAGAGAGAGUGUGGUGUGUCCGAACCUUUUAAACUGUCUACCGGAGCACUAGCAGGUUUAACUGCCGGCAUCCUCCUGGCCGUGAUCCUGCUGGUGGCGUUAAUCAAGAACGUACUUGGAUGUAAACGAGGAUCCCACCAGUUUGAAUACCAAACCGUCCCAAACAACUACUCUUAACAACAACUACUUAAAACUUUUUUUAAGCUUUAUUAUCGGGGUUUGAGAAUUGCCGUAUACUGUAGUUGUAUUGAUCGUAUACGCUACGCGGGUCUACUGUAUGGAAGACUGUUUGUAUAUAUUUUCUUGCUCUUGGGUUGCAUUGGGAUUUUCAGACAGAUUUAUUUUAUUAUUAUUUUACCUCAUCUUGAAACGCCAGGUGAAGGGGUCGGAAAGUGUUGUGGAUUUUAGUCAAUUAUUUUUAAACCCGGGUUGUGUAUCACGGGGCGAGAAACAGGCCGUCGAUGUGAGGCUUAGACCUUCUCCCCUCGAUGGUUGAGAUUUACCACCAAUCACGGAAGAGGGUGGUGUCUUAAUGGGUGAUCGAACUGAUUGAUUCACCACACCAAAAAACUGUUUUCGUUUCAGUCUCGCUCUGUUUGUAGCGUGUUGGUUGUGAGGACGAUAUGCGUUAGGCUUCUCUAUUUGUUUCUUUGGAAUCUUUUUAUUAUUAUUAUUAUUUUUAGUGAGUUGAGGUUUGGCUCUGAGGAGGAAGGAGAACCUGGGCUAAAAGAUUUGUCUCUUUGUAAAGUUAUUUUUAAACCCAGUUAUUAAUAUAUUAUAUAUUGAUGAAAAAGCUUUAAAGAUUGAUUGGAAAAGAUUGAAUUGAUUGAAAAAGCUUUAAAGAUUGAUUGUAAAAGAUUGAAUUGAUUGGAAAAGCUUUAAAGAUUGAUUGGGAAAGAUUUAAAUGAUUGGAAAAGCUUUAAAAUUUGAUUGGAAAAACAUUAGAUUGUGAUUUUGCAGGAUGUGUAUUUCACCCAUAAGGACGUGUGUGUGUUGAGUUACAUUUGUGUAUGUAUCAGUUUUUGUGUUCUAAUGUAUUAUUCUGUUUGGUUGUAUAUUUAUAUUAUUGGUGUAUUUAUAUUUUAUCGGUGUACAGUAAUAUCUC